AUGAAGGGAUUCUCAGCACUGCUGCUCCUCGUCUUCGCGCCUCUGUCCUAUGCGCAAAGCCAGAAUGGGACUGAUGUUCUUGCAUUCGCCGUGAAGAACCUGCCUCCAUGCGCGCUAAAUUGCACACUGACGAUUGUUAAAUCAUCGACAUGCGCGCUUACAGACAUCGAGUGCAUAAAAGGCAACCAGAAGCUUAUAGACAAUUUGACCACAUGUGUAAAGGCCAGCUGUCGUCCCAAAGAUGCACUGACCGCAAGAAGGUUCCUUACAAAGCUGAUGGAUGCGCCGGUUCGCAACAAGACAAUGCAAGGAACAUUAACCAGUUUGAUAGUUGGAGGUAUGGCCGUGCUAGCCUACAUCCUGCGCAUAGUCGCGCGCCUUACCUGGUUUGGGGGGAAUUGGGGCUUUGACGAUUGGGUUAUGACUGCGGCAAUUAUAAUCACCAUACCACUUACAGCAUGCGCAAUCCUUUUGAACGAACUCGGCAUGGGAACGGAUAUGUGGCUAGUGUCUUUCGAAAAUAUCACGAAGAUCCUCCAGAUCUUUUACUAUACUGAGCUUCUCUACCUGGCGUCGAUCGCAUUGACGAAGAUAUCAGUCUUGCUCUUUUACCUCCGCAUCUUCCCUCACCAGGGCCUCCGACGUAUCAUCUAUGUUACCAUAGUGAUCUGCGCCAUGUACAUCAUCGCCUUCGUUACAGCAACCGCACUGCAAUGUCUUCCGAUACGCUUUGCUUGGGAGCGCUGGGAUGGCGAGCAUCACGGAAAAUGCGUCAACCUGAAUGCUGAUGCUUGGGCUUCUGCAGCCGUCAACAUUAUCCUCGAUCUGGUCGUUAUUAUAAUACCAAUGAGAGAGCUCAGCAAACUUGCAAUGAGCCGUUGGCGCAAGAUUGGCGUCAUGCUCAUGUUCCUCGGUGGUGGCUUUGUCACCAUCGUCAGCAUUCUCCGCCUAAAGUACAUGAUUCAGUUCGCCCAUACCGAUAACGUAACAUGGGACUACCUACCCAUUGGAUACUGGUCCGCAGUUGAAGCACACGUCGGUGUCAUCGUCGCUUGCUUACCUGCUAUACGCCAACUGCAACGCUCCAUUUGCGAACGAAUCUGGCCCAAACAAGAUACGGCGAGGAGGUUGUAUUACGAAGAAAACUCACGAGAUAGCAACAAGAAGAAUGGUAGCAAGUAUUUCAAGUCUCGCAUCUGGUCACCGAAGACCGACCAGUCUCAGCUGAGCACUCUGGGCCGGAGUACAGUUGACAAAGACGACUUCGUACACAUGGACGACCUUGAAAAGGGCGUUCGCACAGGCGGAACAAAUGAGGGUGGAAGCCUGACAUGGCAUUAUUCGGACAGAUCGCUGAACCACUCGUUUAAGUCAAAUGAGGAUGUGCAAUCGUUGACAGACACGGCGGCGCCGGUGACUGGUUCUCCAUUGGGGGGGAUCAUGGUGCACUCGGAGUACAGUGUUGAUCGAGGGAGCCUGCGGUCGUACUUACCACGAAUUAGUUAUAAAGAAGAGGCGCUGAUGGAUACCCGGAAGUGGAUUUGA